CGGUUCUUACUACCACGAGAACAAGUACAUUGUAGUGGUGACGGACGGCCACCCGGAGACUGGUUAUAAGGAACCGUGCGGAGGCAUCCAGGAUGCAGCCCAAGAGGCCAAACAGCAUGGCAUCAAAGUCUUUGCUGUGGCCAUCUCUCCUGAUGAACAGGAUGCCAGAUUGUCCAUCAUCGCAACAGACAAAAACUACCGUCAGAACUUCACUGCUGCUAACUUGAGGCGUGAAGGCACGACCGCUGCCAUUAAAACCAUCAUUGAGAUCAUUCGGAAUGAAACAAAAGAUGUGUGCUGUUCCUUUGACUGCAAUGCUAAAGGUGGACCGAAGGGAGGAAUUGGUGAACCAGGAUACAAGGGCGAAGCUGGAAGGCCAGGCAUGCAUGGAGAGAAGGGAGAUGUUGGUGCCCAUGGAAAUGCUGGUGAUCCUGGCCCUGUUGGUUACCAAGGAAUGAAGGGAGACAGAGGAGUGAGAGGCGACAAGGGAGAGAGGGGCCACAAAGGAUUCAAGGGAGACAAAGGACAGCAUGGCAUUGAUGGCAUUGAUGGACGCAAGGGUGAACCAGGUUAUCCAGGUCUUCCCGGCUGCAAAGGAUCUCCAGGACCAGAUGGUUUGCAGGGAGAGCCUGGUCCAAAAGGAGACCCUGGACCAUAUGGUGUAAAAGGAGGAAAAGGAGAGGGUGGACUUGAUGGUUUACCUGGACGUCCCGGGAACUACGGCCCCUCUGGACCAAAGGGAGACAGGGGACCGCCAGGCGCAAACGGAGACAAAGGAGAGAGAGGCGAUGACGGCCAACCAGGAAAAGAUGGAGGACCAGGCACCCAAGGAGGUCCAGGAGAGAAGGGCGAACAAGGAUCCAGAGGAAACCGCGGGCCGAGGGGAGAGAUUGGUGACCCUGGGCCUCGUGGUCAGCCUGGACGUGAGGGAUCAGCUGGGGCAAACGGCGAUCCGGGUGAGCCUGGUCGUGCAGGGUUGGCGGGUUACCGUGGAGACGAGGGACCAGCAGGACCAGAGGGACCUAAAGGGCCCAGAGGCAUCAAAGGAUCGCCGGGAGACAGAGGCCUCAUGGGAGAGAGGGGAGAAGAUGGUGUCCCUGGCAAUGGAACUGCCGGAUGUCACGGAUUCCAGGGAUAUCCAGGGCCAAGAGGCGAUGCAGGAGAGCCUGGAGUCAUCGGCACCCCCGGGCCCAAGGGAGACGACGGAGAGCCCGGAGACCCAGGCGCUGAUAACGACAAGAAUGGAGAACCAGGACCAAAGGGAGCGAAAGGGCACAGAGGGCCAGAGGGCAACCCCGGCCCUCCAGGACCACCUGGGCCUCCUGGAACUGAUGACUGCGAGAUUCUGGACAUCAUCAUGAGAAUGUGCUCCUGUUGUGAGUGCAAGUGUGGCCCACUGGACCUCACCUUCGUGGUGGACAGCUCAGAGAGUAUCGGUGCCGGCAACUUUGCCCUCGCUAAGGACUUCAUCUUAACCGUCAUUGACAGGCUGACGAAAGACCAGAGAGUGGUGUUUGACGGUGCAGAAUCCACCGUUGGGGUGGUCCAGUACAGUGGCGCAAAUGCACAGGAGGCUGUCCAACUGGAGACUGGCAGUUCAAGCAGGGUUGCUUUGGCCAAUUUCAAACAGAAGGUGAAAGAACUGAGGUGGCUAGCAGAGGCCACCUACACUGGUGAGGCCUUGGACUUCUCCAAGGUCCUUAUCAAACGCAACAAUCCUCGAAACCCCGUGGUCAUUGUCCUCACGGACGGACGUUCUGAUAUUAUCCGAGACAAGACACCUCUGACUGUACUGUGUAAUGAAGGCAUUAGGGUUGGUGGAGUGGGAAUCAAGGAUUAUUCAGGCAGGCUGCCCAAUAAGGAGCAACUGGAGGAUCUCGCCUGUACGUCAGACCCCCAGAAGCCCGGAUUCUUCCGUGAACUUGACAACUUUGCUGAGCUCCUGGAAGACUCCUUCCUGCAAAACUUCACUGCACAAAUUUGCCAAGAUAGGAAGUGUCCUGAUUACAAAUGCCCAAUCUCCUUCGACACUGCCACUGACAUUGGCAUCCUCAUGGACAGCUCAGCCAGUGUGGGCAGCAACAACUUCAACUCGACCAAAAAGUUCGUCAAGAGGCUUGCCGAGCGCUUCCUGACCGUUGUUGAUAACGGCCAAAGAAACCGCGCCGAUGUUCGUGUGGCCGUGGGCACGUACGGCAGCACGGCUAUCCUCAGUGCCUUCACCUCCAACCUGACGCAGGUGCUAAAAAGCAUUGACGAUUCGGCGUUCGAGAACAUGGGAACGGACGUCAUGGGGGCCCUGUCAGUGGCCCUCCCCCGUUUCCGCGGUAGCCAGCGGGUCAAGAAGCUGCUGGUGUUCUCCGACGGUCGCUCGCAGGGCAUCACCAACAGUCUGAUUGCCAAGCGUGUGCGCGAGCUGGAGGAGGCUGGCAUCAAGCUCUACGUGCUGUCCGUGGGGGACCGGGUGAACGAGGCCAACCUGCGCGACAUGGUCAGCCGGGGACGCAGUUUCGACGUAGCCUACGCCCACCGCCACCUCUUCCGCGCCUCUGAUUACAACUCCCUCCUCAGGGGCGUGUUCUACCAAACUGUGUCCCGUAAAAUUUCCCUGAACAUCUGAGAGGGGCGUGUGUUCAGAGCUGAGGAAACAAGCUGAUUGGCUAUGGGGCGGGGUUAAAAGAGGGUGUUUUCAAAAAGGGAAAUGAAAUUAAGGGGGUUGGAUACUUUCAAAAGCUUCAAAUUGUAGGGCUUUUUUUUAUUCCGAGACGUGAUUAUGAAUUCAUUAUGGAAAAAAAAAAUACGUAGGAGUGUUUGCGUUACAUUGUCUGUUUUAUUUUUCACGACAGUGAAUGAUUGUGUGAACGCAAAAAAGAAAGUAAGACUUCACUUUAGUCUUUGCAUUGACGUUACAGCAUUUGCAGUGAAAAUUUAGGUGCGUGUCUAAAGCACUCAUGCACUUCUGGUUUUAUGAAGAAUCAAAGUAAUUACGUCCGAUAGUGAUUAUCUGGAAUUAUUUCUGAAAUGUUUUGUCUGUCCCUUCCAGAGGGAGAUUCCUCUCUUCUCUCCAUUUGUUAAGGUAUUGAGACAGUAUGAUUUAAUUCCAGCAUCUUAAAGGAGUGCAUUGCCAACUAGCAUAAAUGUUUAGCUUCUGUUUAUCAACAUAUGUUGGAGAGGUACAUUAUGUCCUCAGAACAUUAACCUGUUUGCUGGUCAAGCCGUCCAAAUGGCUGAUAGGUCCUCCUUUGUGUUUACAUCAAAAGGAUGUCAUUGUCCUUAAAAGGAAAUGGAUGUUUUCAGCUUCAAAUGUUCAGUAUUGCUCAUAAGAAUCCUGUACUUCACAGAGGUUUUGUAUAAAUGCCUGACCCAUCACCUACCAGCACUUCUCAUAUGCAUACAUCACUGAGGCUUAGAUUAAAAGGUGUUUUCAAAUAUUUGUUUGUCAAGGGGCAAACAAAUUGCAUUCCAUGACAUCAUUUUUUUUUUUAACAUGGUGCUAUCAUCAUUUCCUCAGGAUGACCUGAAGCUUGAUUGUUCUUUCUAAGCAGUGAAAAGUUAAUGUUACAAUUUUUGCAAUACUUUUUUUUCCCAAAGAUGUAUUUUUUACCACUAGGUUUGUGUAAAGCUUUAUACACAUCAGACAUGUAUUUUGAGAACAGCAAUAGUGUUGCUAAAGAGGUAUUUUCAAUAAAGAAUGCUUCACCCCA